GAACAAGUUACGUCUUAUUUGAAAUAAACUGAAUGAACAGAAUCAGAUUAUCAGCUGAAGAAACUCUUGAAUCCGAACUAUAUAAGGCCCUGUUCGUUUACAUCGGAUUGCACCCGGAAUUAUUCCGGCUAAUCAAAGUUUAUAUAAAUUAUAGAAGCAAUCCGGCUCGGAAUCGUUCCGACCCACUAAUCCGACACAAACGAAUAAGGCCUAAAAAAACUGAGAAAUGCUUCUAUAUUCGGUAAUCGGUAUUGUGUUUGACCCGUUGCAAUUGUUUCCAGGUAAUCUCGCAUCAGCAAACAGCACCGGGCUCCGUUCACCGCCUUCCCUUCUCUUCUCCGGUUCCUCCCUCGCGCGUUCGCUCGCUCUCGUGGCGCAACUCGUAGACCGCCGCCGCCUCCGCUCUACGCCAGGUGCCUAGGUCUAGCUUCGUCGGUCCCUUCGCCAACGACGAGCACCCACCCGAUUGCGAGAUCUGACGCCAGAAGUUCAGCUAGGAGUGCAUCUUGUUUACCUGUUGCUUAAUCAUGGACAACUCUCAGAAUCAACCACCACCACCUGGUGUUGGAACAUGGCCGCAGACACCUCCUAGUCACCCGCCACAAUGCCAUGCUGAUCCACAGUCUUAUCAUCCACAAUUUGCUGCUAGACCUGACAAUGCUAGUGCCAAUAAUAGUGGUAGUUCAGCAAACAUUGAGUCAGCUGUCCAGGAGGCUGUUCUUCACGCGCAGGACAUUGAGACUCAGCAAGUCAUACAGAAUCAAAGAUAUGCAAACACAACAAGUGAACCUACAAAAUAUGGGGAAGACUUACUUUCGAACCGCCGUGACCCUAAUGCAUUGAAGGAGCAUUUACUAAAGAUGACAGCUGAUCAUCGUGCAGAGAUGGCAAGCAAAAGGGGGAAGCCACUUCAUCCAAACAAUGGCAACUGUGAAAUUGGCAAUGGCUAUGGUGUACCUGGAGGCGGUGCUUAUUAUGCUGCAAACUUGCCAAGUCCUCAAAUGAAUAAACCUAGAGAUGAAACUGAUAAAGCUAAAUGUGCAAACGAUCUCCCUGAUUUUUUAAAGCAGAGGUUAAGGGCAAGGGGAAUUCUCAAAGAUGAGACUACAAAUAAGAAUUACACGAGUACGCAGACUGUGGAUUCUCAAGAAAUCGAGAACAAAUCUGCACAAGAGUUGCCUCCUGGUUGGAUUGAAGUGAAGGACCCGACAACUGGAGCGCCAUACUUCUACAAUCAAAGCACUGGAGUGAGUCAAUGGGAUCGCCCUGACAGUGUUGUGAAUAUCAUGCAACAUCAAGUUUCUCCAUCCUUGCCAGAGAACUGGGAGGAGGCAAUUGACAAAUCAACAGGCCACAAAUACUAUUAUAACACGAAGACACAGACCACACAAUGGGAACCUCCUACUUCUGUGAACACCAGUGUUAGACCUCCAGCUUCCACCAACACUGCAGUUGAGCCAGUCGCUCAAGCUGCAGAUAUUUGGAACUCUCAAAUGCAGAGAUGUUUGGGCUGUGGUGGAUGGGGAGUUGGUCUUGUCCAGCCUUGGGGAUACUGCAAUCACUGCACAAGGGUUCAAAAUCGUCCUUUUCAACAGUACCCAUCUUACACAAAUAAUACGAUGCACGCCAGUGGUAACAAUGCUCCCAAAGCUCAGGGGAAUGUUUCAGCUAAGAACAGAUCAAGCUCAAAGCCACCUUUAGGGAAACCAAACAGAAAAGACCACCGCAAAAGAAAUCGCCCCGAGGAUGAUGAACUUGACCCAAUGGACCCGAGUUCUUACUCAGAUGCUCCACGCGGUGGCUGGGUUGUUGGUUUGAAGGGUGUUCAACCACGAGCAGCAGAUACUACCGCAGCUGGACCUUUGUUCCAACAAAGACCAUAUCCCUCACCGGGUGCUGUGUUGAGAAAAAAUGCAGAGGUAGCAACCCAUGGCAAGAAACGUGGUGGUAUGGCUCCGAUAACAAAAAGAGGAGAUGGCAGCGACGGACUUGGGGAGGCAGAUUAGUCUUUUGGUGAACUGAAAUGUUGUGCUAUCCGAAUCUCCUUGGUGGUUGUCUCUGGAGCUGCUAAACUAUCAUUGCACGCCUGAAGAAAAUCGAAAAAAUAUUGGCUGCCAGAUCUGGAAUGAGGAAACUCACUACAGUUCGCGAGUUUUUGCAGCGAUUAACGCUAGUGUACUCGCUGGACCUCGAGGCUAGAGCAAUGCGAGCUCACCCCGGCUUGCUGAUGACACAUUCACUGAGUUCACUGCGGUUUGCCGAUGACAUUCAAUGUGCCCUUGGUGUGAAUUUUAUAUGAAAAUGAACUAUAAUCUGUAAUUGGAAAGAGUGAUUUCAAUGUAAGGAAUUAACUUUUGUGGGGUGAUGAACCAUACUAGCGAUGCACUUAGCCAAACAAGAGAAAUUUGGAUUUGUACCAUUAAAAGAUUACAACUUUAGAUAUAUAGCAUUGCUAUCUCACUAACAUGUGUGGUCCACAUGAGACAUGAGUCAAUAACAUGUGGAGCCAUUGUUAUA